AUGGACAUUAAGCUCACUGAGUCCAUUAUUUCUGCUCUAGAAUUAUCUGUUGCUUUUGAUGAUGGUACACAGGACCUUCUAGAGGAGAUGUAUGCCAAAUAUGCAAUGUUGGAGAAGCAAAAUACCAACAAAUGGGCCCAGCGUGCACACUUGGCUUGGGUGUGUGGCGGGGACACCAAUUCUAAAUUUUUCCAUAAUGCUACUCGUAUCCGCAGGCACAUCAAUCGGAUCACUCAGGUAAAAGAUGCUUGUGGUAAUUUAUUUACUGAGCGAGCAGGUAUUGAGACAGCUUUUAUGAACUCCUAUUCUCGCCUGUGGACUAGUUCUGCUAAUACUUCCUUUGCUGAUAUUCUGAGUCUUAUCCCUAAUGACCUCCCUCAGCUCUCGGAUAUGGAUUGUGCCUUCCUCACUCGUGAGGUUACUCGGGAGGAAGUUCGAUUGUCUGUUUUUGAGCUUCCUUUGGGUAAAAGUCCUGGUCCGGAUGGAUUUAAUGCUGAGUUUUAUCGUUUUUUCUGGGCUGAUAUUGAAGACAGUUUGUUUGAAGCUGUUAAUCAUUUUUUUACCAACUCCACUAUGCCUAAUUCUUGGGGGAAAUCUUAUAUAGCCUUGAUUCCUAAGAAAGAUAGUCCUUUGUAUGUUACUGAUUACAGACCAAUAUCUCUGUGCAAUGUGUGCUUUAAGAUCAUAUCUAAAAUUUUGGCCAAUCGUUUGAAGCUUGUUCUCCCUAAUCUUAUUGGUAGAGAACAAGCGGGCUUUGUUUCGGGUCGCUGUCCCUUCGAUAAUAUUAUUGCUUUGCAAGAAGCUGCCCAUACGAUUGAAUCUGAUUGUAAGAAUCCCCCUAGGAUGUUAAUCAAAAUAGAUAUCGAGAAGGCUUAUGAUACAAUACAUUGGAGUGCAAUUCUUGCUACUCUCUCUAAAAUGAAUUUCCCUCCUAUUUGGAUCUCCUGGAUAGAAGCUUGUAUUUCUUCCACCUCCUUUUCCUUUCUUAUUAAUGGGCAGCCUACCCCUUGGAUUAGAUCUUCCAGGGGUAUCAGACAGGGUGAUCCUAUCUCUUCCUAUCUUUUCAUCCUUGUGUCUCAAAAUCUCACCUCUAUUCUGAAUUUUGCUUUGGCUAAUGGCUAUGUCCCAGGUUUUGAUGCGAGGCUUCGCAUAAACUUUAAUCAUCUUAUGUUCGCUGAUGAUUUAGUCAUUAUUACCCAGAUGUCCCGUAAGGCAGCUAGAUCUAUCAGACUUUGUUUGGAUUUUUAUGGCAAGAUUUCUGGUCAGGUCCCUAAUGAUUCUAAAUCUGCUAUUUAUUUUCCAACCUGGGCUAACAAACGGGUGGCUAGUCGUAUUUGUUCUAUCCUUAACAUUUCAGCUGCUACAUUUCCAUUUAGAUAUCUUGGGAUUCUCAUCUCCCCCAAGCGAUUGGCUAAAUCCACCUUUGCUGAUAUUAUAGCUAACAUUAAAAACCGUUGUUCUCGGUGGACUCACUCUAAAUUAUCGCCUGCAGCCAAGACAGUGCUUAUUAAUUCUUCUCUUCUGUCUCUUCCUCUCUAUUACCUGUCUGUCUAUCCGAUUUAUGACUCUAUCUUAUUGGAGAUCCAUAGGAUUGUUAGGAGAUUUUUUUGGAGUAAGAGUUGCAAUGGAAAGGGCAUCCAUGCUGUAUCUUGGAAUGAUAUUACUAUUCCUAAGACUGAGGGGGGUCUUGCAAUCAGAAAUCUUACUCUUGCUAAGCAUUCCUUGAUGGCUAAGAAUGUUUUUAAGUAUCUUAACUGUGAUAAAUGUAUUUGGGUUGAUAUCCUGCUUCUUAAGUAUGGCAUGCUUAAUUUCUGGAAGGACUCCAUCCCUGCUGGUUGCUCAUGGUUUUUUAGAGGACUCUGUUAUACAGCUAUCAAAAUUAUUCCUAGCUUAAGAAUUAACACUGUUAAUCCUGUUCAGACCUCUCUACUUUGUCAUCCCUGGUGCUCUGAGGUUCCUCUCUCACUGUGCCCUACCUAUAUCAACGUUAAUUUGAACCUCGACUCCUUAUCAGUCUCUGAUUUAUGUAGCAAUGGUUCCUGGGACUUAUACAAGCUUGGGCUGUUAUUUGGGGAUUGGCUGGACUGUUUUAUUCCUAAGCUGGGCACCCUUGACACUUAUGGCAAUAAUCAUUGGAUUUGGUCCACUAAAUCUGUGAAGCAAAGCACUUCGGCCAUUGUUUAUCAGCAUCUUAAUAGCUCUUCUUGUUGGGCUGAUGGUUGGUUGGGUUGGAAGAGGAUCUGGGACUUAAAUGUGGCUCCCCGGGUCCAUCAUUUCCUGUGGUUAGCUUUCAAGGGAAGGGUUAGUACUUAUGAAUAUCUUUACUCCAUAAAUAUGGGUCCCAGGAAUUUGUGUGCCAUGUGCAAUUUAAUGCAUGAAUCAAUUGAGCAUCUCCUUUUUUCUUGCAAUUUGGCUCAGAAUGUUUGGAGUCAUGUUUGCACUAAGCUUAGCAUUUCUAACCCCCUUGCUGAUGGCUUUUGUUCUGGUGGUUGGCUCCUCUGUGAUUUAAUUUCUCCAUUUGCUAAGGCAGUCAUUGCUUCUGCUUCCUGGUUUUUGUGGAAGAAUAGAUGUGACAAAAUUUUCAGGGGGUAUUCUGUCUCUAGUUUGGUCAUUGUCGCCCGGGCUUUUUCUCAUGCAAAGGAAUUCUCCUUUGCUCAUGCUGAUAAGCUUGGAUCCCGUUUGAUUCUUAACAAUUUUUCUUUCAGGGAUGGACUCUUUCUCUUCGUGGCCAGCCAAUGGAAUGAGGCAUCAGAGGUAGGGAAUGUUGGUUUUUUUUGUGUUUCUUCUAAUCUUUCUGUGAUGUUGGCAGGGGCUGGUCCAAUACAAGCUAGGAGUGCUGAGGAUGCUGAUCUGCUGGCGAUCUGCACUGCAAUUCAAGCUUCUGUAGACGCUGGGCUAUCUCUCACGCACUGCUUCAUCACGGGCCCGGGUUCAAGCAGGAUCAUCUCGCAGAGUUAUACACUUGAUUGCAGGAUCCAGAGUUGGAUUAACAGCUUCAACUUCAUCCUUCAGGGGGCUAACCGGCCUUCCAUACAUCUCAUUCCCAAGUCGUGGGCUUCACCUGCUUACAAGCUUGCAUCCUUGGCUUCCAGUUUGCAUAUGCUUUCUUUAUUCUUCCAGGGUCGUGAGCUGCCGAGAUGGGUUAUGAAGGAUUUCUCCAGAGAGGGUUUUAUCUUUUAA